AUGGGCAAGGAGAAAACCCACAUCAACAUCGUGGUCAUUGGCCACGUGGACUCCGGAAAGUCGACCACCACCGGUCACUUGAUCUACAAGUGCGGCGGUAUCGACAAGAGAGCCAUCGAGAAGUUCGAGAAGGAAGCCCAGGAGAUGGGCAAGGGCUCCUUCAAGUACGCCUGGGUGCUGGACAAGCUGAAGGCUGAGCGUGAACGCGGUAUCACCAUCGAUAUCGCUUUGUGGAAGUUUGAGACCACCAAGUACUACGUGACUGUCAUUGAUGCCCCCGGACACAGAGACUUUAUCAAGAACAUGAUCACUGGCACUUCUCAGGCCGACUGCGCCGUGCUGAUUGUAGCUGCCGGCGUGGGUGAGUUCGAGGCGGGUAUCUCCAAGAACGGUCAGACCCGUGAGCACGCUCUGCUGGCCUACACCCUCGGCGUGACUCAAUUGAUCGUGGGAGUCAACAAGAUGGAUUCCACCGAGCCACCUUACAGCCAGGCUCGUUUUGACGAAAUCACCAAGGAAGUCAGCACCUACAUUAAGAAGAUUGGUUACAACCCGAAAUCCGUCCCCUUCGUCCCCAUCUCUGGGUGGCACGGAGACAACAUGCUGGAACCCAGUGACAAGAUGUCUUGGUUUAAGUGCUGGGAGGUAGAGACUAAGCAGAGUAAGACCAAUGGUAAAACCCUAUUUGAGGCUCUGGAUAACAUCACGCCCCCAAAACGUCCCACCGAAAAACCCCUUCGUCUACCCCUGCAGGAUGUCUACAAAAUUGGGGGUAUUGGCACAGUGCCUGUCGGCCGUGUGGAGACUGGCAUUCUGAAGCCCGGCACGAUCGUCACCUUUGCUCCACCCAACUUGACCACUGAGGUCAAGUCUGUAGAGAUGCACCACGAAUCCCUGCCCGAGGCCCUCCCAGGCGACAACGUUGGCUUCAAUGUAAAGAACGUGUCCGUCAAGGAAAUCCGUCGCGGUAACGUGGCGGGCGACAGCAAGAACGACCCACCCAAGGGUGCUGAUACCUUCAAAUCUCAAGUCAUCAUUCUGAACCACCCAGGCCAGGUAUGCGCUGGCUACGCACCCGUGCUGGACUGCCACACCGCUCACAUCGCCUGCAAGUUCACCGAGCUCAUUGAGAAGAUUGACCGUCGUUCUGGCAAGAAGCUUGAGGACAAUCCCAAGUUUGUCAAGUCCGGCGACGCCGCCAUCGUCCAGAUGACCCCAUUGAAGCCCAUGGUGGUGGAGGCUUUCUCUAACUAUGCUCCUCUCGGCCGCUUCGCCGUGCGCGACAUGAGGCAGACUGUGGCCGUGGGUGUCAUCAAAGAGGUGAAAUUUAAGGAAGCUACUGCCGGCAAGGUCACCAAAGCCGCACAGAAAGCAGCGAAGAAAUGA